CUUUAAUCUUGUCUCCAGGAAUGUUUUUGUACUCGUUAGCUUAUCUGUCUUCAGAAAUGUUCUUGUACUUUCCGACUCUUUGUAUUUCAUAAUAACUUUCCUCCAAACUGGUCUUGCUCAUAUAACAAACAGAUUUAUCAAAUUUUGUAAAUAAGUAAAAAACAGUCACAUGACAAAAACCAAACACAAGUAUAUAAAAAAGUCAAAUAAAAAGAACAAAGUCAUGUGCCAAAGAAGCUUCUCCAUGAUCCCACUCAUUUACCAAAGUCGUGUCGUACAACCCACGACCUCCUCUCCUCCCCAUUUACUCCAGCCAUGACUCUUCACGCGCCGUCGUCACCAUUAUGUUGACCGACGUCUUUUGGCUUCGUACACGACGGAGCCGUUUCGUUUUCUUUCUCCUCUGUUCUCCAUUACUAAUCCCAAUCCUCUGUGCCUCAAUCCCAAUCCUCUGCGCCGUCGAGAUCUUUAGUCGUCUCCGUAGUCGUCAUCCUUGGUUUGCUAAAUCCACCGCCGAGGAAGAUGAUUUGAGGCUCCGGAGAUGUGAAGAAGGAUGUGGUUGCGGCGGGUUUGAUGAACCGGAAGAAGCUGGUUUGCUUCAGAGAUACUUGGAAGAUCAGUUGGUUUUGGUUAGAUCUGUUUAUGAUUGUGGUGAAGAAGAUCAAGAUCAAGAUCAAGAUUCCGAUCAAAUUAUUAGAGUUCCUCUUCUUUCGUAAAUUUCCUUUUUUCGAUUCCUUUAGAUUUUGAUCUUUUUAUGUAGAUAAACAAAAAUGUCAGUUUUACUAUAUACUUUUCAAAUCCGAUUAAUUGAAAAUUUUCUACC